GGAAGAUCCCGCCGCUUUUUGCCGUUGUUUUGCCUGCCGUGAGCGUCAUUCGCCUCUCGUCGACCGUUCCUACCGGUGAGAAGCGAGCGAGACGUCCUUGACCUCGGUCAUCUGUGUGAGCUGCCUCGACAACCGACCGAUGGCGUCAUCUGGCAGCCCUGUGCUGAAUCAGCUGUUAGCGACGAUCGGCGCUGUUGGCGGCGGUGCGGCCGCCGCCAGCGCGUCGGCGAGUAGUGGAGCGGCUGCAGCAGCUGCUGCUGCCGGUGGUGCGGGAGCAAGUGUGCAGCAGGGCGGUGCUGCUAGUGCUGGUGGGUGGGAGGGAAUGAUCGGAUCAGAUGGGAUGGGGAGCAGAUCUACGCAUGUGCAUGUGGAUCUAUCGCUGUGUGGCGUUUGGUGUGUGUGCAGGUGGUGGUGGUGGUUCUUCUGCCGCUUCCCCGAGUUUUGACAUGCUGCAUCAGCACAUACUCAACCCCAUUCAGGACAGUAAGCGGACAGACAGACACACCGACCCACCUCACCCCACAAAGAUAGAUACGAUGGAUGGGUGUGUGCGUGUUCAGAGGACUCGCUGGUGACACUGAUCUCUCACCUGCGCGACAACGAACAAGUCCUCAAGGAUAACAAACGUAGGCACGCAGGCGCCAUCCCCCCCCCCACACACGCACACACGGAUGCUCUCACACACGUAUGUGUGUGUGGAUGUAUCUGUGUGUCCGUAUGCAGAGAAUGUGUCCACCCUCCUGAACAACCUCAGCAAUGCCACCCACUCUGCCGUCAUCGCCGUGCUGCUGCGGUGCGACCUCCACACGCACACACACACAGAGAGAGAGAGAGCGAGAUGAGCAUGUUGUUUGUGUGUGCGUUGGAUGUGCUGUGUGUGUUGUGUGCAGAUCUCAGAUGAGGCACAUGGACGACAACGCCGACCGGAAUGCGGUGUUCCGCUACGUGACCAACUUCCUCAAGGACUGCGACGCCACACAGGUGCACACACACACACACCCCUGCACACACGCUCGCACAACAGAUGGACGGGUGUGUGUGUGUGUGUGGUAAAGAUCAAGCUGGUGGCUCGCGAGUUCUACUCCAUUUGUUCCCGAUACUCAGAGAUGGCCAUGCAGCUCCCCCAAGGCACACACGCACACACCGCCACACACGCACGCGUGUCUGUGUGUGUAUACUGUGUGUGUGGUGGCACAUGCAGGUCUGCGUGCGUUGCCUGCGUUGAAGGCGGCGAUCGGCAAGCUGCAGCCGGCGCCCCAUGUGCUCACACCCAUACACCCGGAAUUCCUCAAAGUGAGGAACGACACUCACACACACAUAUACACACAGGCGGAUACCCGUGUUGGUGUGUGUGAUGUGUGUUGACUGAUAUUGUGUGUCUGGCAGGUGUGUCUGAAGCUGAAGCACUACACGUACGCCGUCGACGUGAUAGAGGUGCCCAUUCUCGAUCUCAAACCCAAGGUAAAUCCACACACACACAACACACACAGCGUCAUAUGUGUCUGUGUAUGUGUCUGUGGUCGUGUGUGUGCGUGUGUUCUUAGCAAACGUGUCUGUACGUGGAGGAUUUUCUGCUGUACUUCUACUACGGCGCCAUGAUACACAUCGGACUCAAGGCAACCACACCACACACCCACCCAUCCACACACCCUGACACACACGCACUCAUGUGUGUGGCGUGUUUGUGUGUGCAGGAGUACCCCCGCGCCAUUCAGUUCCUCAAUCUCGUGCUGUGCUGCCCCGGCACAUGUGUGUCGGCCAUACAAGUAUGGAUGGAUCGAUGCGUGUGUACGUGUGUGUGUGUGUGUGUCAAUCUGACGUCAAUGUCAGAUUGACGCGUGGAAGAAGCUGGUGUUGGUGCAUCUGAUCGAACACGGCGAGGGCCCCCAGACACCCAAAUCAUCACCUGUCAGUGUGCUGCACACAUAUACAUGCACAUAUGCACACGCGCAUUCCUUGUGUGUGUGUGUGUGUGUGUGUGUGUGUGUAGGCGUUGUCUCGUGCUAUCGCUCCCUCCAGCGGCCAUCACAACUACCGCUCGCAGUCCUCUGGCGCAGUGGUAUACACAGACACUCACACAAGACAUACAGGGAAGAUAGCAUCGCCACUUGUGUGUGUGCGGUGUGUGCAGGGUCUGUCGCCCUACAAUGACAUCAUCGACGCGUUCAAAAGCAAAGUACCCAUCCCCCCAAAUGCACACACAUUAGCCUAUGUGGCUACAUUCGCCUGUGUGUGUGCAGGAUACUGUCAAGAUGGCCCGUGUGCUGAGCGGCCCCUCCUCUGUCGACAUACUCAACCGCGACCAAAACAUGGGACUUGCCAAACAAUGCAGCGCUGUAAGAUCGACACCACACAAACACACACACACCCAUUCACACGCAUGUCUCUGUCCAUCCAUAUAUCAGGCGCUGCACCGUCGUAUGAUAGUGAACCUGACGUCUACGUAUCUCACCCUCUCCCUCGACGACAUCAGACAGCGAGUGCACCUUCAGGUAGUGACGCAUGAGCGUUGGACGUGUGCCUCUUGUGUGAUGGAUGGAUGGAUGGAUGAAUGGAUGUGUGCAGUCUGUGGACGAGGCCGAGACGAUGGUCUUCGACAUGAUCACCCGGGUAAGUGGAGUGUGAGAGAGAGGGGAAACAGAUGGGAAUGGCGUGGCCCGCCCCCUCUACACACACGUGCAUGACGAUGGGUGCAGGGUCAGAUCAACGCGGUGAUAGACCACAGCUCCAACCACGUCAUAUUCAGCGAAGGAGACACAGACGAGGUACACACACACACCAAACCACACAGACAUACUGAUGACCACCGAUGUGUGUGUGUGUGUGUGUGUGUGCAGGAUUCGACCAAGGAUAGUGGGGAGGGCGUGUUGACUCAGCAGCAGAUGGACGCACAGGCCAAACAGAUGAUCGACAUAGGCGAGAUGAUCCGAAAACUAGACAUACAGGUACACAUCACACACACGCCACCACACACCCCACCGUGUGUGUGCUCACACGUCCACACCCACAGAUAGCGGUGGACCCCCAUUUCCUCAAGCGCAAGGAAGGCGGCGAGCGUGGCGGUGGGGCCCUCUUCGACGAUGAGCGAGAGUGUAUGCAACCACACAACACAACUCCCCACCCCGCACAUCUAGGUGUGUGUGUGCAUGUGUGCAUUCAGUUGGCUUCGGUCGGUCGCGUGCGAUGCGCUACGGCCCUUCGCGUGUCGACACCAUGCGAAACGCAUCGCGAAAGAACGUCAUGCCCAUGCAGGUGGGUCGCUGACUCACGAGCACACAACCCACAAGCCACUCAUCCACGCAUUCAUUGAUCAGGGUCGUUUGCGUCGCGAGGGAGCGCCUUUGCCGCGUGAGGGAGCGCCUUCGCAGCGUCGCUUCCGGCAGCCGGCCAUCAAGGAGCGAGAUAGAGACCGCGACAACCGGGACGGCCGAACGAUGGGUACUCACUUGAGAAAUCGAGAGACGCAUCUGCACCAAAGGAUCUCUCUCCCUGUCUCUCUCUCUGUGUUUGUGUCAAGGUAUGGAUGUGGACAACGACAUGGAGAUGGGCGAUGAAGAUGACGACGAGGAAGGCGCAGACGGUGAGAUGACGCCCCAUACACACCCGUUCAUCCCUCCAUACACACCGCCUGUCUGUGUGCCAUGUGUGCCGUUUAGAGGAUGAGUUGAACGGCGAGGAGGAGACCCCCCGCUCGGGCGUCAAGCGACCCUACCAGCAGCGACUCGCAAGUAACCCCACACCUAUCCAGGCGCACCCACACCCACCCUCACACCCCAAUGUGCACACUCAGAUGACGAUAUGGAUGUGCUCCCUGCUGGCCGCGAGCACGACCCCAUGGAGAACGGCGUCGACGCCAUUGAAGAGGAGGAGGGACACCACGACAAUGGCAACAACGACGGUGACACCGGCGGCGGGGGCGCACGCGACAAGCACCAGCGAGACCAAGUGAGGUGAUCGAGGGAUGAUAGGUAGGCAGGCCAUAUGGGAGACACACAUGUGGACACACAUGGGGUUGUGUGUUGUGUGUUGGGUGCAGGUGGACCAGAGCGGCGAUGCGGUGAUGGCCUCUGCAGACAAUGCGCCCGAGAUGACCACCACAGAGGGGCGGCUCCAGUGAACAUACCGACACCCAAUGUACACUUACAGACAUACAGCGGAGGAAGGACAUUUUGUGCAUUUUAAUCGGCAGCCAGCCUUCAUGUGUGAGUGCGUGUGCCUGCCUGCAUUGAUUGAUGAUGACCGUUUUUGUGUCUUUGUGGGAGUGAAUGGAAUGGGUGGCGGCUGGGGGAAUGGGGUGAGGGAGGCGCAAAGCGGCACAUAGCAGAUGGACCGAUGGCUGGAUGUGUGGUG